AUGGAAAUGCAUAUUGCUGAAAGAGAAAAGCUUUCCUAUAUUCGGGGAAAAAUAAAACCACCUGCUGAAUCAGAGAAUGGGUAUGAAAAGUCUCUUCGCCUUAAACCAGAAAGCUUAAACCAGAAAGCCUUUGCAGCCAAACAGAAUGGAAGAUCUCUCUCUGAAUAUUAUGGAGAACUAACUGCAAUUUUUCAGGAAUUGGAUCACAGAGACAAAGUGGUCAUGAAGGAUCCUGAUGAUGUGGUUGCGUACCAAAAAUCUAUUGAACGACUAUCGGUGCAUAUAUUUUUAGCUGGAUUGGAUGAUCAUUUUGAGCAGGUGCAUGGAGAAAUCCUACGCCAGGAGUCUACUUCAGGCCUAGAAGAAAGCUAUGCCCUGAUUCGACGAGAGGAGAACCGUCGUGUAACAAUAAAAGGAGACUAUGGAGACUCCGAUGCUGCUGCUAUGUCAGGCCACAUCAAAUAUCGUUACUUUGAGCUUGUAGGCUAUCCAGAUUGGUGGGAUCAGAAUCGAGGAUCACCAAGAAGGAAAGCUAAGAAUUCCCUGAUUUCCGCUAUUGCUGAAACCAAAACAAGUGUGGACAAUGCUGAAUCAACUUCAACAUUAGUAGCAAGCACAAGCAAGGAAGGUAAGGUGUUUAAUGUUUCUACAUCUGUUUGUGAUAGUACAUGGAUAAUUGAUUCUGGUGCUUCAAACCAUAUGACCUUUGAUUCUGGACAGAUUAAGAAACUUAGACCAUCCUUACAAAAAUCUGUUUCGGUAGCAAAUGGUAAUGAAGUUCCAAUUAUUGGAGAUGGAUCUAUUACUGCUACCAAUUCUUUAAAUUUAGACUCAGAUAUUCAAACGAAGCAAAUGAUUGGCUGUGGUAUUAGGCGAGGGAAUUUGUACUACUUGGACUUGCAAUCGAAUAAUUCUUCCAAGUUGCAUCAUGCGUUUGCAAUAGAUGGUCUAAAGAAGGAAAAAAAUGAAGCAGAAAUCUGCGAUAAUGGUGGUGAAUACCAUAAUUCUGAAUUGAAGCAUUAUUUGGAAGAAAACAGAAUUAUUAAUCAAAGUACAUGUGUUUAUACACUCCAACAAAAUGGAGUAAAUGAAAGGAAGAAUAGAUAUUUACUAGAAGUUGUUCGUGCCUCAUUGCUUCACGCAAAAAUGCCAUUAUCAUAUUGGGGAGAAGCUCUUUCUUCCGCUGCAUAUUUAAUUAACCAAAGUCCUUCACAGACUCUUGAUUUUCAGACACCUUUUCAGGUCCUUAAUGAUACUAUAGCUGCUCCAUCAACAUCAAACUUACCUCCUCGUGUCUUCGAAUUUGUAGUAUUUAUACAUAUUCAUAAACAUCACUGCCAUAAGCUUGCUCCUCGAGCAAUAAGAUGUGUGUUUCUUGGAUAUGCAACAAAUAAAAAGGGGUACAGGUGUUAUCAUCCUCCAACUAGAUGUAUGUUCAUAUCCAUGGAUGUAGUCUUUCAUGAAGAUGUGAUGUAUUUUGAGUCUGAAUUUCCGGAGGAGAGACAAGAAGAAAUUCAAACAUUAGAUUAUCAAUUUCAGGAGGAGUAUGAAAUGGUUGAUAAUGGUGUUGGUGAUCACUCAGAAAAUCAUGGUGAUAGGAAAUCAUCAUCUUAG